AAUAAUAACUCAAUCAUAACUCUGGCUAAUGCGGAUGCCGGGAGUAAUUGGCAUUUUGUUGAGGGACUAUCGAGCUAAUUAUAUGUAAACCCUAAACCCUAAUAUCUUUAUCGCCAAAAUCGAUCACAUUUCUAUCUCUAUCUCUAUCUCUAUCGUCGGUGUGCGAACAAAAUGGCAUCCAGAUGCAGCAGAAUUUUCCAGAAAUCUUCUGUUUCUGCCCUAAAAUCGGCCAUUUCGAAGCCAGCUUCUUCUUCUUUCAACAGAUCAGCCACCGCCCCAUCCAAUAGGCCACCUCUAUUCACUACUCCAGUGGCCUCUCCCCUUCGCCGGUUAUCUCUCUCAAGGGCGCCGUCGGAGUUGGGAGGUGUGGCGUCGUUGCUGCCACUGCACAGUGCGGUGGCUACGGCGAGGAUGACGUCGUGCCUGAGCUCGUCGUCCAGGAGUUGUCGGGCUCUUUCUCAGGAGCUUGGUCUAUCAGUUCCAAGGUGAGAUAAUUGCUUACAGAGUUGAGAAGUUGUCAUCGUGUGUGACCGGGAUGAAAGCUAGGCUGGAUAUUUUAUUGCUUCAUAAUUUCAGCUGAAUUCUACAAGGCAAAAUCCAAACUCACUGCUAUUUGAUUCUACCAAAAACAGAGCAGUUUGAUUCUGCUAUUUGGAAAACCAACUUUUGACUCGAUCAUUUUAUUGGAUUGCUCUUUAGGCUUAGUUGCCCAUUCGUUAUCUGCAUUUUUGUGGGUAGGAUAUUAGUUAAAUUUAAUACAUUGUUAACGUUAAUAAACCUUUAUCGGGAAAAUCUUUGAACCAUGUCAUUUUGUACGGGUGAAUAUCGAUAGAUGGGAUGCAGUUGAAAUUUUUCUGUGGUAA